AUGAGCCGCGCCACUGCUGGGGCCGCCAUGCGCGUGAUGGAAGCCGCUCCGCCAUCGGGGGCAGCCAUCCGACUGGGGAGGGCCGCGUUGCCGCCGGAACCGACAUCCGUGCGAGGCGAGCAGCUCCGUCGCCGGGGCCGCCAUCCGAGCAAGACCGACUGCGUCGCCGUCGGGGAGCGCCGUGCGGGCGGGGCGAGCCGCGUCGCCGCUGGGGCCACCAUCCAUGCGAAACGGGGUCGCACGGUGGAAGCCCGCACCGCCGACGCCUAG